ACAUUUACAAUCCUUAGUUAUAAAAUUAAGACAAGAAAAUAAUGCUUUAAAAAUUGCAAAUACUACUUUGGGAUUACAACAACAACAACAACAGCAACAGCAACAACCAAGUACUAGUGGUAUUGUAACUCCUGGUAGAGUUACUCCAAAUUUGACUCCUAGUCGAAAAAAUUCUAUUAUUCAAGGAAGAAGUACUCCUACAUCCGGUUUACCUGGACGUAGCACUCCAACUUCCGGUAUACCUGGACGUAGUACACCUACAUCAGGAAUACCAGGAAGGAGUACUCCAACAAAUGGGAGAGAUACACCAAUAACGAGACGAACUUCUUCACCUCUUACAACUUUUGCUCAUGGAAAUGUUCAACAUUCAAAAGAAAUUGAAAUGUUGGAAGAACUUGUACAAUUACAACGGUCUUAUGCUGAACUUUCACAAAAAUAUGCUAAAAUUUCCGCGGAAUUAGCGGCUCAUCAGGAUAAUUAUGAUGAAGAAACACAUCUUCAUGGUCAAUCUUCAAAUUUUGUAAAUUCCGCAAAAAUUGAAGAAUAUGAAGAAACUAUAACUUCUUUAGAAAGUAAAUUAGCCAUGAUGAAUGCUGCAUUAUCUCAUUCUGAAAAUCUUUUAUCAGAACAAGAAUCAAAACAUAAAGAAGUUGAAGAAUCUAAUGAACAUAAUAAGAAUGUCAUUAAUAGUCUACAAAAUUAUAUUAAAGAGAUUGAAACAAAAUUAGAAAAACGUGAAAUUGAAGCUAAAUUACAAACAUCUAGAUCCGAACAUCCUGAAAAAUUUAUUAGUGAAACCGUUCAAGUACUUGAACAACGUUUAGAAAGACGUGAUAUGGAAUAUCAAGAAUUAGAAACGCAAUAUAAUGAACUAAAGGAUCUUAUUCCACAGGAAACCAAAAUUCUUUUGGAAAAACUUGAUGAUCGUAAUCAAAGAGUAAAUCAACUUGAGUCCAGACUAAACCUUUUGGCCGAUGAACUUGAUAAAUUAAAAACAUUGGAAACCACAACUUCUACGACGACAGGCGAAGAUAAUUCAUCCUCUCCUACAGUCUAGACGAAAUUCAAGUACUUCAAUCUUCACUAAAGGAAACAAUUCCACGAGAUGAUCGGUCGGAAAUAACAACGCUUGAAUCUAAAUUCGCCGAUUUGGAAAAAACUUACCAAAAAACUGUUACUGAAUUGGCAGAAACUAAAUUUAAAUAUGAGGAAUGUCUUAAUGUUAUUAAAGAUCUUCAAUCACAACUUGAUGAUGCUUCCUUAGCACAUAAUGAAAUGAUUGAAGAAUUACAUUCUAUUUCAUCAUCAACACCUGCAACUCCCAUGACUCCCAUGACUCCCAUAACUCCUUAUACAGAUAAUAAUAAUCCA